UCAUCGUCUUGGAGAGUUUCGUGUUACACCCAAUUUCUUCCUUUAUUUCUUCUUUCCUCUUUUCUCUCUUCCUACACCAAAGGGGCUCAUAUAGACACCUUCUUCUUGUGACCAUCAACCUGCUUCUCCAGCAACUACUCUCGGUCUCCCACUCGUCCACCUUCACACGUCUACCAUCCUCUUCCCAUUCCCCCUACCAACGAUAGCAGCAGCAACAGCAGCGGCAAGCCAAGAUGAAGCUCCUCGUGCCCACACCAGAGUCCUGCAACAGGUCGCUCGUCCUCGACAUUCAGUCCAUCGAGGGCUUUCCCGUGACCAUCCACCCUUACAACGUCAAGGAGCUCAUCCCCGAGGAUCUUAUCGACGCCGAGUUCCUCGUGACUUGGACCAACUCAGCCGCCAACCUCUCCGAUGCCGCCAAGCGCAUGAAGAACCUGAAAUGGAUCCAGUCAUGCGCCGCGGGUCCCAACGACGUCUUCGCUGCGGGCUUUGACCCGAACAAGAUUGUCAUCUGCACCGGGUCGGGUCUCCACGACCACACCGUCGCCGAGCACACCCUGGGCAUGCUGCUCAACGCCGCCCGCCGCUUCUACGAGAUGCGCGAAUAUCAGCUCCGCAGCGAGUGGCCCCAACACCUGGGUGGGCCCCAGCCGGACCGACCCAAGGACCAGUUCACCACGCUGCGCGACGCCACCGUGACCAUCUGGGGCUUUGGCAACAUCGCCAAGACGCUGGCGCCGUGGUUGGUCGCGCUGGGCGCCACGGUGCGCGGCGUGGCGAGGAAGCCCGGCGUCCGUGACGGGUAUGAGGUGUAUGGCGAGGACCAGCUCUCCGAGGUGCUGAAGACGACGGACGCACUGGUCAUGAUCCUGCCGGGCGACGAGUCCACCAAGCACUCCCUCAACAAGGAGAGGCUGGCCCUGCUGCCCAAGCACGCGUGGGUGGUCAACGUGGGCCGGGGUAUAUGUAUCGACGAGGAGGCACUGUACGAGGCCCUGUCCAAGGAAGAGAUUGGAGGCGCCGCGCUGGACGUCUUUGACAAGGAGCCUCUGCCGAAGGACUCUAAGCUCUGGAAGGUCAAGAAUUGCCUGGUCAGCCCUCACGCCGCUGGUGGUAGGCCACAGGGCGCCGAGGUCCUGAUCACGGAGAACCUGAGGAGGUUUCUGGCCGGGCAGAACCUCAAGAACGUGAUAAAACUCUAAACCAUUGGCUGAUUGGCUGACUGCCAGAAAGGCUGGCUAGCAUGGAUAGAAUUGAUAAUAGACCAAGUCGUUUCAAACC